UAAUAGGAAAUAUCUAAAGCAAAGUCAUAAGAAUGAGGAUAGAACUGAGUGCUAUUAUGUAAAGAAGGAAACAGUAGAACAAGAAGGAAGCUCUAAGCCUAAUGACAAAACUUCAAGUAGCUAUAAGAUUCUGCCAAACAAUGAGUUAUAG